AUGAUGCAGAAAGACAACAAAGAUGAUCUCGCCAACACUCGGUCAGCGGUCGAUACAGACAGUGGCAUAGGAGAAGUCACAGCAGUGCGAAACGACUCAGGCUUCCAUCGAACUUUUACUCCCAGGCAAAUCCAUGUCAUCUCUCUCGGAGGCCAAAUCGGAGCAGGCCUGUUCAUCUCAACCGGGUCCAACCUGCGAGAUGGCGGCGCUGGCUCGCUUUUCCUGGGCUUUGCAAUGGUCUGCUCCUGCGUCUGGGCCGUUCUCAACACCGUCUCUGAGAUGACGAUUGCAUUCCCAACUUCGGGCAACUUCAUCGACUAUGCCGACCGCUUCGUUGACCCAGCCCUGUCCUUUGCUGCGGGCUUUUCCAUGUGGAUUGGCUGGACAGCUAUCAUCGCCUCAGAGGCUACUUUCUUUUCUGUUAUUGUGAACUACUGGGCUCAGAACUCCGUCCAUGACGGCGUGUGGUUAACGGUCUUUCUCCUGCUCAUGUUCGUCAUCUUCAGCCUGCCGAAUGCUGUCUUCGGGUGGUUCGAGUACUUUACAGCGAUCCUGAAAAUCCUAGUCCUGAUCAUCUUCAUCAUCGUGGGAGUUGCACUCGUGUUUGGCGUCGGUCCAGAGGGUACCGUCCACCACGGCGAAAAUUGGCAGGACGGAAAGGCCUUUUUGAACGAAUUCAAGGGAUUUGGGAACAGCGUCUUGCUAGCGAUCCUGGCCAUCGGCGACAAUACAUUCACCGGGUUUCUCGCCGGCGAGUCCAAAUCCCCGCGGUUCUCGGUUGCGCACGCUGUCUUCCUCAUCCCCAUCCGAGUCACUGUAUUCUAUUUGAUCUCCGUGGCACUGAUCGGGAUCUUGAUUUCUCCAGAUAAUGAGAAUCUCCUAGGCAGCGAUUCGGGCGUUGCUUCCUCCCCGUUCGUCAUUGCCAUCAACCAAGCCGGCAUAAAGGGCCUCCCUGAUGUCCUCAACGUGGCCAUCAUCUUCGCCGUCGCAGCCAUCGCAGCAGAAAGUUUCUUCAUCGCCUCGCGCAUCCUCCAAUCCAUGGCCCACCAGGGCAUAAUCCCAGCCUGGGUAUCGAAAGUCGACUCCCGCGGCCGUCCUCGCAUCUCUCUGGCCAUAACCAGCGUUCUCUGCGUAACCCUGACAUAUAUCAAUCUCAGCGGCGAGGGAAUAACCGUGUUCAAAUGGCUGUCGCAGAUUGCAAGCACAGGAUACUUUAUGGUGUGGCUUGUCAUAUCAAUUACAUCGUUUCGCUUCCGUGCAGCUCUCAGAGCCCAGAAUGAUCCUCUUUUCCGGGAGACGUAUGCGUGGAAAUGUGCCCUUUGGCCGUUUCCGCCGGCUUGGCUGUUUACCUGUUGUUGUUUCUAUAUUGGGACUUCUUUCUAUCUUGCCUUGUAUCCUAUUGGAUCCGAUACACCGACUGCAUACUACUUCUUCCAGUACAUGUUCGGAACUAUCUUGAUAGUUUUCAGUGCAAUUGGCUACAAACUGAUAUUCCGCACCAAACUGCGUGACCCUCGAACAGUUGACUUGCAUACGGGGCGGCGGACUCUGGGGUUCGAGGAGAUUAAGGAGCUGGACGAGUACAAAGCCAUGCCUCGGUGGAGGAAAUUCGUUUCAUUCGUGCAGCUGUGGUAG